AGAUGCUAAGAUCUAAGGAUGAGGAGGAAAGUAUGGCAACAAUGGAUGUUCAUGGUGCAGCAGUGAAAAUCCAAAGGGCUAAGGAGGCUUACCAGGGAUAUGCAGGGUUUUAUGAUAAGCCACCAAAAGCAGAGGUUUUGGCUUGGUUUUUUAACGGGCUAUGCUCGUACUUCAUUCACACAGUUCUCAUUCCUGUUGUGUUCCCUCUUCUCAUCAGCCAAAUCGUGUGGCCGAUAAAGUACCCUCUGCCAGAAUGGGGGAAGAACUCCAAGGGCUUCAACUGUCUGGAAAAGGACUUGCAACUGUAUGACGGACUAACAAGCGCAAGAAUAAAGGUCAGCACUAUGAAGUUCUCUCCAUUGGAGUGGACUUCAAUUUCUUGGGUUUUAGGACUCAUUCUUGCAGCACCAAUACUAAGCACCCUUUCAGUCAAACUGGACUUUGGCCGAAACCAACGACUCAUCGCCGCAGCGGCAACAGCUGUCGGAGCUCUCUUCUGUCUUCCUGUUGGAUUUUUCAAAACCAUAUGGGUCUUUCCAGUUUAUAUUAUUGCCAUUGUUGCAGCCAACACUGUCUGUGUUGCCUCUCACACCCGCCACCUUGGCUUAAUGAUCAGUGGAUUCGUUGGUUCCAGUAUCACAAAACACCAAUUUCCCGACAGAAGAGAUGUGGCCGGCUGGCUCUCACUUUAUGCCACAGCUGCCGGUAGUUUAGGUUCCGCCAUCAUCUCUGCCUUUGCAUAUCACAUGCUCAGACACCACGAGGGGUUCCUCAGCUUAUGGAUAGUCUCAAUAUUUAGUGGGCUUCAAUGGUGCGCGGGAAUAAUCCAUGUCUUUAUUGGUAAUAGACCUGGUGCAAAUACAUCAUCAUCAAGUUCAACUCCCAACUCCCAUGUGAUCUCCAUUUUCAAAUACCCUCAUGCAGCUGGAAGCUUGGCCGGUGUUUUCCUUUCCUCUUUUGCAACAAUGUGCAUUUUCACAGGAGGUGUACUCUAUUUAGUAGGGCAACUCUGCUUUAGACCAGUGAACAUACUAUACCUUUGGUUAACAUACUUUAUAUUCCCUUUGUUGUCUCUCCCACUAUUACAGCCUCUACAGCAUCUCAUUAGGGCAGAUGCAGUGAAAAUGCAGCUUCUAGGAUUCAUGCUCUCAGCACUCACCUCGGGGGUUGGAUUUUUUUACCGCAUUGAAAAUUGGCCAAAGCAAAAUGUCUUGGUCUUCUCUGCAGUCCAAAGCGUGGCAACAGGUCUCCUGCACGCUUUUGGACGGGUUUUGUUGCUGGAUUGCUCACCAGAAGGGAAAGAAGGCACCUUCGCUGCGUGGUUCUCGUGGGUGAGAGCUCUCGGCACAUGCACGGGCUUUGCAGUUGCAUCAGCUGGUUCUGGAAACAUCAACAGGGCUUUGGGGGUUGGAUUUUGCACAGCAAUUGUCGGGAUUGUUAUUUUGACUUUUGGGAAUAUCAGUGACUUUGGAGGAGCCGUUGCAGCUGGGCAUGUGAGAGAGGAUGAUGGCGAGAAGGGUUCGCCGGUGCAUGGCUUGGAUAAAGGCAUGGGAGCUGAGACUGUGGAAACUCCAUAUGAAAGAAUAGAGGUAUAGACUGAUCACUUCAACAGAUAAUACAGCACUGGGUCUUUGCUUUGUUUUGUUGUACUGUUGAAAUAACAAAAUAACAUUUUCGUUGAUUUUUUUUAAUAAUCAUAUUCGUAUUGGGAAUGAUCGCAAGCACUGAUGUAAGUGGUGACACUGAAAAAAUACUGUUCAUACAUAGCAUGUCUAUUAGUUACUUCAAUGUAGGCAAGAAUUUCGGUUUUGCAACUUUUAGUGUGUGUUUAUUUUCCCCUAAUAAACAAUUGUAUAAAGAAGUUUCAACCCUGUUACAUUUUGUA